AUGCGGGGAUCAGGUUUGGCUACUGUCACCCAAGCGUCUCCUGUACUCGCCGAACGAGCCAGUUCCAGCUUCUCGGGUACGAACAAUUAUUAUGCAUACGCUUUACCUUCCAACGAAAGAUACACACUGUUGCAGCAGAUGAACGCUGCCAACAUGAAAGUCCUUCGCAUCUUCGUGAACGGCGUCACUGCAGGACAGAAGGGUUCCACGAACGUCGCGAUUCCCGAUCUCGAAGCCAAAGGGUUCGCGCAAUGGGACGAUACCAUUCUGAAUGCGAUCGACCAGCUGAUGGUCGAGGCUCACGCGUGGAACAUCAAGCUCUUGAUCUCUCUUUACGACAAGAACGUCUUGCAGGCCGGAAGGGUCCCUUACGCUAGCACGUACGGCGAGCAAGGCUUUUACACAAACAGUCAAGCCAUCUCUCAUUACAAUGAUCGUAUCUCGUACAUUUUAAACGGUCACAAGAACGCCAAACUAGGCAACAAGCCAUGGAGCCAGUUAUCGCAGUACAUCAUCGGUUACGAUGUUCUCAACGAACCCAUGAUCAACCAAGGUGCUUCCUUUUACACGAGUCACUUAGACUGGGUAUGUAACACCGCUCAGCAGAUCAGGAAUAACGUCGGAGACAAGAACCAGCUGGUCUUUACGGGAGGUCAUUCCGCUGCGGUAUCGGUUCAAUCUCGGUUCUUCCAAGCCAACUGCCCUGUCGACGUGGUGGCGAUCCAUGACUAUACCGACGCCUACGACAGCUACCUUCCCAACGCUCUCACCGCCGCCCGAAACGCCGGUAAGCGGUUGAUCGUCGAGGAGUGGGGAAGCCUCUACGGAUCCGGUCAAGUCGCCAAUAUGCAAGAUAACGUCAAGAAGAUGAACAAGUACGGCGUCCCUUGGCUCUACUGGGAGUUGAUCACCAACCCGGACCCCCAUGAGGGAGAAGACUACGAGAUCCAGGUUGGAGGCGAGAAUUGGGACACGUUGAAGGGGUUGUCUCAGCAGACAUCGGGCGUCGCGGGCGCUUUCGAUUGGUCCGGUCCGUUGGCGCUCUGAUCCCCGCCUCCAUCACCCCCUACCUCUUUCCUGUCUCUUUUUGUGGGUGUCUGAUAACCCCUAAGGACCUUUACAUCGAGAUCGGACGCCCGGCUUGAGAUCUCAGGUGAUCGGGAUCGUGAUGGACAUUUGUGUCACAGAAUGAUGUCUCGAUAGGAAAUGAUGUUGCUUUCGGACUGGAAGACGAUAUGACAAGUAACCCGUACGAUAUGAUAUAUGACUUCAA